GGACCUACACGCUCACUCAAUAAUAAUUACCAGUCUUCGCAUCCGUGGCCUUACAACGUACUAUUCCAAUAUCCAAAUUCCUCAGGCUUGUCUUUUCAAAUCCAUCACAAUGGAUAAAGCUCUUUCCGACGGGUGUUAGACGCUCCGUCAUUUUCUUUACUGAGCAACGAUUCAGCCCUUCAAACCGCAGCCCAUCGCCGUCCCGCGCUACGUUUUAUUUCCGUCUCAACCUCUCCCACUCACAUCCUCAAAUCCCCGUCUACCUCACACGCGAGGUCAACGUGGAUUGUCAUCAUCCUUCGUGCUUUCGCCUCCACAUCACCAUCCAGGAACAACCUGCUCGGCCAUGACAAGGCAUAGCAAACAGGAACGGGGUCAUCUUAUAAGUAGCACGGAUGAGGGCAUUGCAUUCAGAUGUAAUAGAUAUCAUGGGCCGGAUAUGCCCGGAAAUCGUCAUUCGUUGGACUGGCACGUUCUUGACCUUUAUCUAUUGGAGCUCAUUGACUUCUCCUACACCAACAACGUUGCAAUGAGCAAUACCCAGAAAAAGAGGCCCUCGCCUCAUACCUCAUACUCUACAUCAUAGACCACACCAACCCCAUGCUGCAAAAGCAUUGCGCGAGGCGCCUAAAACUUGUUUGAUUAUGGUUCCUGUGGCGUUCCAGCUGUCUGUUUACCGAUUGUCAUCCACUCGAGCGCUAUGGUAUGCAGUUGCCUGAACGUGCCAGGACAGCUGGUGAGAAGAUUUCGGACAGCCCU